CCCGUCAUUAAAUCACUGAACGGGAUAUCUGAAACACCUCAAAAACCACCGGGGAUUGUUAUCGGAAUGGCAAAAUUGCAUGUUUUCUUUGGAUAUAUCGUAUUAAUAAUGACGCACAGUGUGAGCUGGGGAAAUCUAUAUGCCAGUAGGAAUGUUCAAGAGUUGGAAAAUAUGAAGGACCUGAUCCAGCGGCUCGAGGACAAGUUGACGGUUAACGAGGAAAAUUACGUUUAUCCGUCAGAGUCUGAGGACGUGGACGCAGCCGAUAUGGAGGACAUUGAGAACUCGCCCGCGGCGAUCCGGGGACAGAAGGAGAGAAUGGUAAUCAACGCAGCCAAAAUAAUUGCCCUCGAAAGCCCUGUGGUGUCACGCCUGAAAGAUCUAAUCGGUUUGAGGAGGACGGCCAAAUCGUUCAACAGCUGUUUCGGUAACCGGAUUGAGAGAAUCGGCUCGUGGAGCGGACUGGGGUGCAAUAACGUCAAGACUGGUAACAAGAAGAGAAUAUCUGGGAACUGAAGAACAACCUAGGCCCACCCAUUCAUGGACGAUAAAAAAACAGCGUCAUGUCUGACCUCAGUGAAACUCUCCUUGGCAUUCUGGAGAAUGCAUUUUUUUCCCCUUCAAACAAUAGUCCUAAACUGAGAAAUAUGUAUUUCAUAAACGAAUUUAUACUAAAUAAUUUCAAUAUUAAAACAUGCUAAAUUUUUCUGUGUUGGUUGGUUUCUAGACUGUCAGUGACAAUUAGACAUGCAUAUUGUAUUUCUACCACGAAAAGGAAACUAUGAUUGCUAAUCGCACUCUCCAGAAAUGCCUAAUACAACGCAUUUGUUACGUAGGGGCGGACGGGUAGCCUAGUGGUUAGCGUUUUGGGUUAGUAACUGAAAGGUUGCAAGUUCGAAUCCCCGAACUGUUCCUAGGCCGUCAUUGAAAAUAAGAAUUUGUUCUUAACUGACCUGCCUAGUUAAAUAAAGGUAAAAUAAAAAUGUGUUGGACGCCUGUACAGUAUUGUUCACUUGUGUGUUUCAAAUCGAUGUAUAUGUUGUGAGAUGGCAUUAUUUGUAAUAAACUUUUCUUUAUUAUCAUA